AUGGAGCCCAGGUGGACCACCACAGUUCUGCUGGUUCCGUGCGCAGUGGUGGUCGCAGCCGCGUUGUUGUACGUUUAUUCUUUUGUUUUGGCCCUGCUGUCCAAAAGCUCUGUACGCAACAAGGUUGUGCUGAUCAGCGACGCUUUGUCCGCACUCGGGAAAGAAUGUUCUGGCAUCUUCCACAAGGGCGGCGCCAGGUUGAUCCUGUGCGGGAAAAGCUGGGAGAAACUCCAGGAGCUUUCGGACGACUUACUGAACAACUCCGAUCCGAGCGCGACGUUCCUUCCCAAGCUGGUACUUCUCGAUUUUGGGGACACGGAGACACUUCCCGAAGCAGUAACGGAGAUCCUGGAGUGUUAUGGCUGCCUGGACGUACUGAUCCUCAACAGCAGCAUGAAGCUCAAAGCUCCUGCGUACACUUUGUCCCUAGCGAUGGACAAACUACUCAUGGAUAACAACUACUUCGGUCCAGUCACACUGGCUAAAGGUGUGCUUCCCUCCAUGAUGUCCAGGCGCUCAGGUCACCUCCUGGUGGUCAACAGCAUUCAGGGAAAACUGGCUGUGCCCUUUCGCACCUCCUACGCUGCUUCCAAGCACGCGAUACAGGCCUUCUUUGACUGCCUUCGUUCCGAAGUGGAGGGCUCGGGCAUCUCCGUCAGCACCAUCAACGUCACUUUCAUCAGCUCAUGCGCGUCUGGGAAGCAGAAAGACACAGCGGCCAAGUCCUUCUGGUCAUAUUUGUACACAAAGAAGCCGCUUGGCGUUUCUCCACGCGAGGCGGCCGGUGAGGUGGCAAAGACUUUGACCAACAAGAGGAAGGAGGUUCUGAUGGUGCCCUCGCUGCCGAAGGCGGCGCUCUACGCACGCUCCUUUUUCCCCAAUCUCUUCUUCGCUGUCAUGGCAGCAGGCGUGAAGGACGCCACCAACACCAAAAUGUAGUCCUGCUUUAUUUUGGAAAUUGAAA